AGAUUCUUUUUCAAAACACAAACACUAACCUCCAUUAUUCUUCAUCACACCUCUAUCCUAAACAUGGACAUCAUUUCUCUCCAAAUUUUAUUUCUCAUUUUCCUUAUAUUUAUCUUCUUAUGUUUCUACUUCGACUUAAUAAAAUCUAAACCGCUCACGCCAUUCGGCUUCUCAAGCUACCCAUUAGUUGGAACGGUACCGGAAUUUGUCGUAAACCGACACCGUUUCCUUGAAUGGACGACCGAAGUCCUAGCUCGGACUCCAACCAACACCGCAAUCUUAAACCGGCCGGGAAAAAUCAAAGGAUUCUUAACCGCCAACCCUGCAAAUGUCGAACACAUGAUCAAAACCAAUUUAGAAAACUACCCUAAAGGAGCCCGGUUUAUUAACCUACUAGGAGACUUCCUUGGUCGUGGCAUCUUCAACGCAGAAGGCGAAUCAUGGCGUGCACAACGUAAGAUCGCUAGUCAUGAGUUUAACACUCGGUCCUUACGAAAUUUUGUCAUGGAAGUUGCGGUCGUGGAGUUACGUGACCGGUUCAUACCCAUUCUCGAAAAAACUGCUGAUAUGAAUCAAGUUGUUGAUCUUCAAGAUUUGUUGGAAAGGUUCACUUUCGAUAACAUAUGUAAGAUCGCAUUUAAUGUUGACCCGGGCUGUCUCUCCGGUGAUAUAACUUCGGGUACUGAAUUCAUGAAAGCUUUCGAAGAAGCUGCCACGAAUACGACUAGAAGAUUUCUUUCGGUUUUUCCAGGUUUGCACAAAGUAAGAAAACUAUUAAAAUGUGGUUCGGAAAUAAAGUUGCAACAAUCCAUUGAGACUGUUCAUAAGUUUGCUGGUGAUAUUAUAAAGUCGAGAAUGGAUAAGAAGGAAGGAAAACCGGACGAGGAUUUGUUAUCGCGGUUCAUGGGAAAUCCCGAAUACUCUCCCGAGUUUCUUCGGGAUAUCGUGAUAAGUUUCAUAUUAGCUGGUCGUGAUACGACUUCAUCAGCUCUUACAUGGUUCUUUUGGCUAUUAGCUUCACAUCCAGAAGUUGAGUACAAAAUACUCGAAGAAUUGAAAACAAUCCGCCUUAGGUCGGAGAAAAACCAUCGAGAAUUGUACUCUUUCGAUGAGCUUCGCCAGAUGCAUUAUUUGCAUUCAGCAAUCUCCGAGGGAUUACGUUUGUAUCCACCCGUCCCGGUGGACACAAAGGAUUGUCUAAAAGAUGAUGUCAUGCCAGAUGGGACGUUCGUUGGUAAAGGUUGGUAUAUUACGUAUAGCUCCUACGCGAUGGGGAGAAUGGAGAGUGUUUGGGGGCAGGAUCGUCUCGAGUUUAGGCCCGAAAGGUGGUUAGUUGAAGAAGAAGGUGGCCGAGGAAACAUGGUGUAUAAACCGGAAAACCAAUACAAAUAUCCGGUGUUUCAUGGUGGACCAAGGGUUUGUUUAGGUAAAGAAAUGGCGUACAUUCAAAUGAAGUUGAUCGCUUCGACGAUCAUCGAGAUGUUUAAGAUCGACACAGUGGUGCCGGCCGACGAUAAGAAUCCACCGGAACAUGUAAUGUCGUUAACAAUUAGGAUGAAAGAUGGGCUGAAAGUAAGAGUUAAGAAAAGAUAAAAUAAUUAAGGUCACUAGUUGUCCUUAGAUGAUGAGAUUAAUUGAUGUUACAUACAAUAUUACAUGUCUAAUAAAAGUUUAUAC